CGGCAGUACAGCUCUUUUGACCCCAGCGACUCGCCAUCUUCUGGGCGAAGACGUUCACCAGUCGAGGUGAUGGCGACUGGACCCCCAGAUUCACAAGCGCGAUUUGGUCAAUCUGUGAAGGGGCUUCUCACAGAGAAAGUCAAUACUUGUGGUACUGACAUUAUCGCGCUCACUAAACAGGUGCUGAAGGGCUCCCGGAGCGCAGAGCUGCUGGGACAGGCAGCUCGAAACAUGGUUUUACAGGAAGAUGCCAUCUUGCACUCCGAAGAUAGCUUAAGGAAAAUGGCCAUAAUAACAACACAUCUUCAGUACCAACAAGAAGCUAUUCAGAAAAAUGUUGAGCAAUCAUCAGAACUACAGGACCAGCUAAAUCAUCUGUUGAAAUAGAUUGAUUUGUCAGAGUCAAAAGCACUUUGUCUGAUGAUGAAGAGGAAACAUUUUAUAUAACCAUUGUUUUCUUCAAAAUUCAAACCAGAAAAGAUUUGUGAUGAUAGUUUCUUCUGAGAGUGAAAUAGGUGUUUGAAUUUUAGAAGCUCUUCUUGACUUGACUAACCCUAUGUUGUUACUGAAUUUUUAAGUUGCUCUAUUAAUUUAAUAGAAGUUUUUAAUAGAACUCUAAUAUGUCAAAGUAUUGCCUAAAUGUGAUUAUUAGACAAAUACUGAUUAAUAUUUUAAAUUCAGAGGUAGAGUUGUUAGGGUCCAGGGAGGUGAUUGAAUGAAUCAUUUGCCUUUAAAAUCCUUCCAUGGGUGAGACCUCAGGUUUAGUUUUUGAUACCACAUAAUACAUAGAGGGCUUUGGUCUGUUUGGCAAAGGAAGGAAAGAAGGAAGGAGGAAGGGACAGGAAGAGGGAGGGGAGAGAGAGAAAAGAAAGUAAGAGGGAGAGGAAGGGAGGGAGGGAGGGAGGGAGGGAGGGAGGAAGGAAGGAAGGAAGGAAGGAAGGAAGGAAGGGAGGAAAACAAAACCAGACAACAUGAUAAAUACUGUUGUGGUAGGACCUGAUGUUGUCUUACCCCGUUGGGUACACACAUUGCCAUGUGCAAGGAUGUUGGUUCACAGCCUUGGUCCCUACCUGUGGUCGGUGGAGCAGUGCUGCAGGCAUCUCACCUUCCUUCUUUUUUCUCCCUCUCCAUCUCUUUCUGUCACUAUCUGUAUUAUAAAAUGGCCACAGGGAAUGGUAUAGUUGUGCAGGCACCAAGCCCCAGCGGUAACCCUGGUGGGUAAAAGAAAAUGGUGGAAUGGUGCUCUGGUGUCACUCAUAAAACAGAAGAGAGGGAGAAAGGGAAAGAAAGACUCUAUUUUGAGCAGGGCCGGGUGGUGGCGCAUCUGGUUGAGUAUACAUAUUAUCAUGGGCAGGACCCAGGUUCAAGCCACCAGUUCCCUCCUACAAGCAGUAGGUCUUUCUUUUUUCCUUCCUUCCUUCCUUCCUUCCUUCCUUCCUUCCUUCCUUCCUUCCUUCCUUCCUUCCUUCCUUCCUUCUUCCCUCCCUCCCUCUGUCUCUCACUUUCUUUCUUUCUUUUGCCUCCAGGGUUAUUGCUGGGGCUCGGUGCCUGUGUUAUGAAUCCAUUGCUUCUGGAAGCCAUUUUCCCCAUUUUUUGCUGCCCUUGUUAUUGUUAUAGCUGUUGUUGUUGUUGGACAGGACUGAGAGAAAUUGAGAGGGGGGAAAACAGAGAGGGGGAGAGAAAGAUAGACACCUGCAGACCUGCUUCACUGCUUGUGAAGUGACCCCCCCAACAGGUGGGAAGCUGGGGCUGGAACCAAGAUCCUUAUGCCCGUGCUUGUGCUUUGUACCAUGUGCGCUUAACCCACUGUGCUACCACGCGGCCCCCUGUAGGUCUCUCUGUCCCUCUCUAUCUAUUCCUUCCCUCUCAAUUUCUCUCUGUUUCUAUCCAAAAUAAAGAAAUAAAUAUUUUUUAAAGGACACAUAAUAAUGGUACACUAUUUUUUUUCACAUUUAUGUAAUUUUUUUUUUCCUUUUUAAAAAUUUCUUUCUUGGGGGAUCAAUGUUUUAUGUUCAACAAUAAGUACAAUGGUUUGUACAUGCAUAACAUUUCUCAGUUUUCCACAUAACAAUACAACCCCCACUAGGUCCUCUGUCAUCCUUUUUGGACCUGUGCUCUCCCUCCACCCACCCUGGAGUCUUUCAGUACACGCUAUUUUAAAAAGAUUUAUCUUACUCAUACACUUAGGAAAUACUGUUUUAGUUCAUGGUCACAGAAUAGUGUUUGGUAAGAUUUGCUUUCUGGUAACUCAGAGACAAUACUUUAUUCGUUGUGGCAGAUUUCUAGGUGAAAAUUAGCCAAAUGGUAUCAUUUCUGACCAGCUGUAGCCUCAUACCUUGACUUGCAUUCCAAAGGGGUUUUGUUGUUGUUGUUUUGUUUUUUCUUGGUUUUUGUUGUUGUUGCUGUGAUUCUGUGAUUCUUUUUUUUUUAAUUAGAAAAUGUUAUUUUUCUUACCAGAUACUCUAAAUCAAGUUUCAUCUAACUCCCAUAUCUUUCCAGAUUUAUGAUUAAUAUAACACUCUCUACUUUCCAAAGCUGAUAAUAUAACUCUUUAGUUCCAUAUUAAUGAACUUGUUACCCUUCUAAUCACAUAUUAGAAAAAAAAAUUUUUUACCAUAAAUAUCUUACCAUGGCAGGAACCCUUUGACACUCCUAAAAAAUAUUUUUUUGAAGUUUAUUUAUUUAUAGAUAGAGAAUGAGAGUGGAAGAGGAGAAAGAGAAAUCACUGCUUUCCUCUGGUGGUGCCAAGAAUGCUGUGAUUCUUAACUAAGUGGCCUUGGACUCGUUUUGUUAGCUAUCAGCAAGUUCACUUGUAUGACAUUAUUGCUAAAUGCCAAGGCAGUUGAACUACUGUGAUAUACCAUGUAUUCCACAAUUAAAGCUGUAUGUCUAUAGACAUUUCUUUGAAUGAUCACUGAAUUCAUCCUGUUAAAUAACAGUACCAUUGUCUCUUAUCAGGUCUGAAUGUCUUUAUUUUGUUUAAAUUUCAAGUGGGAUUCUACCCUGUUCUCAUUCAGUGAUUGAUUUCUAGGGGAUUGAGAGAAAACAAACAUAGAUACACAUAAAGAUGUAAAAUUUCUCCUAAAUGUUUGGAAAAACUGACUAUAGAAAUAUUCUGAAGUUACUAAAAACAAUUCCAAAAUAGAAAAUAGAAUUUCCAGGUUCAUUCCCCAGCAUACCAUACCAUAAAACACAGCUAAGCAGUGCUCUGGUUAAAAGAAAAUAUAUAUAUAUAUCUUAACAUUUGGUGAAAAAUAAAUAAUUAUAUAAUCUCAGAUUAUGAGCAUGAUUGAAUAUAACCCCAUAUUAUACAGAUGAGAAGGCAGCCAGGAAGAUGAAAUGAUUGAUGCAAGAUAUCUAAGUUUGAUGCUGCCUACCUAGUAACCAUGGAAAUAACUGAGUCUUGGUUCAUAUACCCCUGCUAUAGCACUUCUGGCUAAUAAACAUCUAGCUGGUCAAACUCA